UUGAAACAAUCAGUCGUAAUUAUAAGUGAUCUUAGUUUAAAAGUGUAACUAAUUGUUUGUAUCUUUGAAAGAUGCUAUAGUAUAGUAAAAUUUCCAUGAAAUUAUAAAACUGUUAUCCAUGUGUAUCAGCAAUCUCUACGCGGCGCCAUCGGACUCGUCGUUGUAUUACGCGUCGAGCUCCUCAGAAGCCUCGUCACCGCUUCUCGAUGCAUCUACCAGCUACAACAUCGAGUUCGACCGCGGCAGCGAAGGCGACGUGUCGUCGACACCCCCGAGUAGUUCGCACACCAGCGACGAUUGUCCCUUCAAUAUCGACUUUGCGCUGAGCUUGAACGACGCCGCACUCGAGGACGAUGUCGAUGAUUCCGGUUCGGUGGGAAAAGGAAAUGGAAGGACUGUGAGUGGAGAGGUCGAGAAGGAGGACGAUCGAACUGGUCAGUCGCCACAGCAGCAGGUUCUACUGCCAUCGGAUCCGUUGGAAUGGAGCGCCAAGCACGUGAGCAGCUGGCUGAGCUGGUGCGCCGGUGCGUUCGGCCUGCAACCGGCCCCCGAGCCGGAUCUGCUCGCGGGUCUACUGGGCCGCGACCUGCUCAAGUGGAGCCUCUGCAAGUGGAUGGAGGUAGCGCCGAGCGCCGGACGUGUGCUGGCCCGUCAUCUCGGCUUUCUCAGGCUGCAGUCGUCCGGCCAACAGACCGAGGCCCUGAAACAGAUCGAAGCCGAUCAUGCAGAACGGCUCAACCUUCUACAUCGCACGAGUCCACUGAUUGGAGGAGGCGUCGGCGGCGGGCAGUCUCCGCAUCAUCACCUUCACAGUAACCACCUCCACCAGCAGCAACAGCAGCAACAGCCAUCGUCGCCGGCUCAGCGCCAGCAGCAGCAACAACAGCAGCAGCAGCAGCGGCAGUCCCCGUCGCAGACGCAACAACUCGGGGGUGGUCAGGUGCAGCUCUGGCAGUUCCUCUUGGAGCUGCUAGCCGAUUCGUCGAACGCGUCCUGCAUCGCGUGGGAGGGCUCCAACGGCGAGUUCAAGCUCACCGAUCCGGACGAGGUGGCCAGGCGCUGGGGCGAGCGCAAGUCCAAGCCCAACAUGAACUACGACAAGCUUUCGCGCGCGCUAAGGUAUUAUUAUGACAAAAACAUCAUGACCAAAGUCCACGGCAAGCGCUACGCUUACAAGUUUGAUUUCCACGGCCUGAUGACGGCCUGCCAGAUACAGUCCGGUUCACCGCUCGACGCGACGGUUCUCGUUGGGCCACGAGCGGCCACGAGCUACGCCCAACACUCGGCUCUCUACGCGCCGCAUCAUCAUCAUCAUCAUCAUCAUCAUCCUCCUACGACCCUUCAACCCACCGCGGCUGCGACGGCAGCUCUGCACCCGGUGCACAUCGUGCCGACUCGAGCUCUAUCCAGUCCGCCCCCUGCUCCUGCACAUCACUUCUGGCCGUACAGAUACUCGCCCCCUAAAUAGCUGCUGUACAUUUUUUUCAUGAGCAGUGAAAUUGUAAAUAUUAUGUAGUACGCGAGGACAAAAGCUUUGAAGCUCUUGGUCUUUCGCGAGACAGGAAUAGUUUUGUUUUGAUGGAAUUUUUCAAUCGAGCGAUGAUUCGAUCUGAUAUAUUCAAGAUAGAUUCGAGUUCAUCGUAGUUGAUGUUUGUGUGAUAUUAAAUAGCGUUUUGUUUUCGUAGAUUUUCAUGUACACUCUUAAUUUACUAAAAAAAUAAUAUUUAGGUUUGAUUUUUUUAUGCGCACGCGAAAGGUCUUUUUACCGAUAUUGCGAAAAGACAGAAAAAAAACGCUUUUUCAAGUACAAAGAUAUGAUAGUUUAACCGAAGUACCUUUUGAUAUUCAUCAUCCAUUGACAAUAUACAAUACUAAAUAAUUCAUGUAAAUUUUAAUCUGUACAUAAUAUAUGAACAAGCGUAAAUAAUGCGGUUAAGUAGUAAGUUAUGCAGUUGUUUGUAUUUUGAACGGUAUUCAACAACUUUUAUCGAUGCAAAUAAGUGUUUAACAAUUAUCUGCAUAAUAAAUUAAAAUUCAUUCGAUUUUUUGAAUAACUUAACCAUUUUUUUCAGUACAUUUGAAUCGUUGAAAGUCAAAUUAAGAAUCAAUCAAAGAAUAUUUUUAUUUUUCAAUGUGUUGUAGUCCGAAAUUGGCUAAAAUAAUCUUACAAUUUAUUGUGUUUAAAAGUCUUUAUUUAGAAUAAUGGUUUUAAUUUUUCGUUAUGAAAUUUUUUCAGAGUGUU